AUGGAGUGGUGUGUGUCAAUGCCAAAGGUUGAACUGCAUGCUCACCUCAAUGGAUCCAUCCGAGACUCCACACUUCUAGAUCUCACGGAGGGUUUGAUUGGAACGGGUGUCAUAGAUAUCUCCGAAGUGGAGCAUAUCAUCAAGAAAUAUAAUCGUUCCGUGGCUGAAGUUUUCAAGCUGUUUGACCUUAUCCACAUUCUCACUACUGAUCACAAUACUGUUACAAGAAUUACCAAAGAAGUAUGGCUGCUUGGUUGCCACGUUGUCGAGGAUUUUGCAUCGGAUAAUGUUGUGUAUCUGGAGUUGAGGACUACUCCAAAGAGAAAUGAUUCCGCGGGAAUGAGCAAACGCUCUUAUGUUGAAGCUGUGCUCAAAGGUCUGAGAUCAAUCACUUCGGUUGAUGUGGAUUUCAUUCCACAUUGUGCAGAUUCAAAGAGUCUUUUUACUCCUCUACCUGGUAUUGGACAUGUGAGAAAAAGAAUCUAUGUUAGGCUUCUCUUGAGCAUUGACAGAAGGGAGACAGCAGAAGCAGCAAUGGAAACUGUCAAGCUUGCAUUGGAAAUGAAGCCAUUUGGGGUGAUUGGAAUUGACCUCUCUGGACAUCCAUGUAUUGGUGAUUGGACCACAUAUUUGCCGGCAUUGAAAUUUGCUCGAGAACAAGGUCUUUAUGUAACACUUCACUGUGGCGAGGUACCCAAUUCAAAGGAGAUAAAAAAUAUGCUUGACUUUCGUCCCCAAAGGAUUGGACAUGCUUGUCACUUGGAGGAUGAACACUGGAGACAGCUGAAGUCGUCUAAGAUUCCGGUUGAAAUUUGUUUGACAUCAAACAUUAGGACACUGACUAUUCGAUCCAUACAUGUUCACCAUUUUGAGUUGUACACAAAAAUUUAUCCGGGGAUCCACUUAAAAAAUAUCUUCUCUGAACCUGAUGAUCUUGUUGAUGCAGGUGAUUUGUACAAAGCAAAACAUCCUAUAGUCCUGUGCACUGAUGACUCGGGUGUGUUCUCUACCAGUCUCUCCAAGGAAUACAAAUUUGCUGCUGAUUCAUUUGGUAGGUUUCACUUUACUUUCGCAGCUAGUAAUUUAAACUAG